AUCUGAUUAUUGUUCAAUCUCAACACUGGCUUCUCAAUAGCAUACAUAGUUACAGUAUGUAUACUGUAACUUUGUGGUGACUUAAUUUGUACUUGUCUAAGCUUAGCUUAAACACAGUGAGGCAGGGGGAACAACUAGCUUGGCUCUGUCCAAACUACCAGCACUUCUAAAGCUCACGAACUGACAUAUGUUUUUAAUUUAAUGUCCUAGAACAGAACUGUAUAUAUAUCAUGUUACUUACCUAAGUCUUACUGUUACCGUAGCUUUGCCAGGCAACUACUGGAAAAGCUGUACAAAUGUACUGGGUGGAUAAACUGUUGUGCGUCAAGAAGUACACGAAAAGCUCUCUAAAACCUUCAAUUGCCUGUUUUAUUGUUCUGUUUGUGCACAGAAGAAACAAGAUAUUACCUAUUAAUUAGUGAGCUUUAGAGGGUCUGGAUUUUCUCAUAGUGCCAUAUUAUCCCACCAGAACGCUGCACUCUGACAAUGCAGGGUUACUUGUGUAGAACAGGAGCCAGAGCCUUCAGCUGUCAGGCUCCUUUUACUGUGGAACCAUCUCCCAGUUUCAGUCCAGGAGGCAGACACCAUCUCCACAUUUAAAAGUAGACUUCAGACUUUCCUCAAUGAUAAAGCUCAUAGUUAGGGCUGGCUCAGGCUGCCAUGGACCAGCCCUUAGUUAGGGUGACACAAGCCUGCUUGGGGACUAGUCUCACAUGACCAGCCUCCCUUACUUCGGAAUGGGAGUCUGGGGACAUUCGUCUUUCGUUUUGUAAUAGAAAUGAGCAGUGAUAUCCAGACCACGUGACGGCGUUGCCAUAGGUACGGCACGUGUGUUACAUGUAACAGAGACAUACCAGAAACACAGAGAGCAGGUUACCGGUGCGUAGUACUGUGAUGUAGAUUCGUAAUGUAGUCAGCCAUGGCUCAGGCUACUACACUGAAGAAAUGUGUGGAUAUUUGUCAGGUUUUUCGGCAUCGGGGGAACAGCCAUUCCGGUGUAGGCGGGUGUAAGGCAAAGCUAAUCAGCAGUUGGUCGAGGAAGUACAGAAGUACACGGAUUUGGAUCCAAUCACAUCACUGCCGUGCUGGAUGGACGUGGACGUGCUGACGUAUUGCGGUAAGCGAGUUGUGUCAUUUCCGGUGUUUCUGUGACAGCGUCUCUGUACUGCUCUGGUGAAUUCUAGUAGCCUGUUUUCUCACUUCAGUUGCUUUAACGUUGCUUUAACGUCUACUUCAAGUCUUAACCCACACUAGUUCUGUUUAAGUACUUAUAGCUCUCCUCCUUUCUACGACUUUCUCGCUAAUCUCUUAGCUGUUGUUUGCAUGUUACUAGCCUUGGUAGCUACAUUAGCUUUAAAGUUAGCGAUGGCUUCUCCCUCUGCUCUCUCUUGCUCGGUGUGCCAAAUGUUCAGUUAUGCCUCUGCCUCCUUUAGCGACAGUGGUAAUUGUAAUAAGUGUAGCUUAUUUGCUGCGUUGGAGGCGAGGCUUAGUGAAUUAGAAGCGCGGCUCCGCACCAUGGAAAACCAUUCAGUAGCUGCGGUAGUUAGCCAGCCCCCUGUAGCCGGUGCGGAGCCACAUAGCAUAGUCUUAGCCUCUGCUAACUGUCCUCCGGUAACUCCCGUUCAGCCGGGAGGUUGGGUUACGGUUCGCCAGAAGCACAGCUCCAAGCCGAAGCCCACGGCUCACCACCAGCCUGUUCACGUUUCCAACCGUUUUUCCCCACUCAGCGACACACCCGCUGAGGAUAAAACUCUGGUUAUUGGCAGCUCUAUUCUGAGAAACGUGAAGUUAGUAACACCAGCGACCAUAGUCAAAUGUAUCCCUGGGGCCAGAGCGGGCGACAUUGAAUCUAAUUUAAAACUGCUGGCUAAAGCUAAACGUAGAUUCAGUAAGAUUGUUAUUCACGUCGGCGUCAAUGACACCCGGUUACGCCAAUCGGAGGUCACUAAAAUUAAUAUUCCACAGAAUUCCUCGCUAUCGGAUCAUUAUCUGAUUACUUUUGAUUUCUUUUUACUCGAUUACACGCCACUCAGCAACAGUUACUAUACUAGAUGUUUAUCAGGUAGUGCUGUCGCAAAAUUUAAGGAAAAGAUUACUCCGUCAUUAAAUUCAAUACCAAGUCCCUCAGUAACAGAGGUUUCCUGUACCGACUUUGAUCAUUUUGUCGAUAGCGCUGUAGGCUCGCUGCGAACAACACUUGACUCUGUAGCUCCUCUUAAAAAGAAGUUAAAAAAGCAAAGAAAGUUCGAUCCUUGGUAUAACUCUCAAACCCGUAAGUUAAAACAAAUAUCGUGAAAAUUUGAAAGGAAUUGGUGAUUAACCAAACUGGAAGAAUCUCGUUUAAUCUGGACAGACAGUCUCAAAACUUAUAUGAGGGGCCUCCGCAAUGCCAGAGCAAACUAUUACUCAGCAUUAAUAGAAGACAAUAAGAACAACCCCAGGUUUCUUUUCAGCACUGUAGCCAGGCUGACUGAGAGUCAGAGCUCUAUUGAGCCUUGUAUUCCUUUAGCCCUUAGCAGUAAUGAUUUUAUGAGCUUUUUUAAUGACAAAAUUCUAACUAUUAGAGGCAAAAUUCAUGACCUCCUGUCCUCAGAUAGUACCUAUCUAACCUCAAACACAGCUGUAAAACCUAAUAUAUAUUUAGAUUGCUUCUCCCCAAUUUCUCUUCAAGAAUUGACCGCAUUGAUUUCUUCAUCUAAAUCAUCAUCGUGUCUCUUAGACCCCAUCCCAACUAGGCUACUUAAGGAGGUCUUUCCUUUAGUUAACACUCAUAUAUUAGAUAUGAUCAAUAUAUCCUUAUUAACAGGCUAUGUACCACAGUCUU